UUUGAAUUGGUUGGAACCAGUACCGACGUGCUGCCCACUCAGUGGAAAAAGAAGAUUAUUAAUUGAAUUUGGAUUGGUUUUUUUUUGUUGGAGAAAGAAGAUUAUUAAUUGAAUUUGGUGAUGCGAAACUGUCGUCCUAGCUGCUACUAGGGCCGGGCACCAUCAUCCUAUUCGCUAGCUCUUCUAUUUUGUCAAGAACAGCAAGGGCAGGCAGGCAAGCAACUCCAAUGGGUGGUGAUGUUGGGACGCCGACGCCUCGGGGGGGCUUGGGCCUGGCGCGGUCCUCGUCGGGCGUCUGGUGGAAGCUGGUCGAUGGCGAUGCGUCGGAGGUGGAGCGGCGGCUGCGCGGCAUCGCCGAGGAGGAGGCCGCCGUCAGGGCCCGCAUGGAGAGGCGCCACGCCGUCCGCCGCAGGAUCGCCGUCACCUCCAUGAGCCUCGAGGUGGUAGCCUUGGUGCACGGCCUGUGGAAGGCCACAAGGCGGGGCUUCAGCAGCAGCAAGCUGAAGCUGAUCAAGCUGCUGCUGCCUGCAGUCGCCAUACCCGCGCUGGCCACCCUGGUGCUGGCAGCCUUGGCCCGAUUCCGGAGAAGCUUGGAUGCGCGGGACCAGCAGCAUCUGGAUCGCCUCCGAACCGAGCGCAACGCAAAGAUUGGAGGCUUCAGGGGAAGCCACCACAACUUGCAAAAGCUCAUCGAGAAGUAUGAUCCGGAUGGUGGCGGCGACGGCAGCAGCAGCAAUGAUGCGGCUACCAGAAAGAAGCAGCAGCAGCUGAAGAGGACGCACUCGCGGUUGAGCUUCCAUGUGGAUGUGGGAGAGGCCGGAGACGAAUGAAUGAGGAGAGUCCAACAACCAAGCAACUCCAUCCAUCCAUCAGUGGUCUAAUUUCAUCUCUUGUACCAUGCAUAUACUACUACUAUACGGAUGGAACCUGCCCAUCCAUGCAUGCAUCCCUCAGUCAACAGGAUCGUACUAUGAUGGAUAGAUAACGCUUGUAAACAUGAUUCUUAUUGUUACCAUUCGCCAUUUGGGUUAAUGAAUGAAGGCAGAUGUU